GAGCACGGAGAGAGGACGCCGCGCAAGGUGUCGGGCGCGGGUACGCACAGUUCUGAGCUGGAGUCGAGGCGCGACCAUGAGCACGCCCGCCCGCCGGAGGCUGAUGCGGGACUUCAAGAGGAUGCAGACUGACCCUCCGGAGGGGGUGAACGGGGCGCCGUGCGACAACGAUAUCAUGAAGUGGCACGCUGUUAUCUUUGGGCCAGACGACACUGCUUGGGAGGACGGGACCUUCAAGUUGAGUGUCGAGUUCACGGAGGAGUACCCGAACAAGGCCCCGACCGUCAAGUUUUUGACCAAGAUGUUUCACCCGAACAUCUACGCCGACGGCUCGAUCUGCCUCGACAUUCUGCAGAACCAGUGGAGCCCGAUCUACGACAUCUCGGCGAUCCUCACCUCGAUCCAGUCGCUGCUCUGCGACCCGAACCCGAACUCACCGGCAAACUCCGAGGCGGCGCGACUCUACCAGGAGAACCGGCGCGAGUACGAGCGCAAGGUGAAGGAGAUCGUCGAGCAGUCGUGGGCCACUGAGGGGGACGGCGAGUGAGGAGGGAGAGGGUCAGUUUGUUCACAACCUCAGCUGAAACUCUCAGCUACCACCUUGCCGGUCUCGAGCAGGAGCUUCGCGCGCGGCCCAGAGGCUCGCCACUCUCCCUCUGCUCAGUGCACGCGCCGUGUAAGGGGACUGGAGCCGAGAGGCGCGGGGUGCGCGCGCCACGAGAACGCGGCGUUGUAUCGCUCGCACACCGAUCACCGUAUAAUCAGUAUCGAGUAUGUCAUGUGCCGAUGUGUGUGAGUCCAACACGAAAGUAAAAGAAACUGUGUGUGGAGA